AUGAGCCAAUCCUACUAUCGCACCCGUUCGCAUUCAACGAAUCCCCGUGAUGGUCUAACAACCAUCAAGGAAACGGAUACCGUCUCUGGUCAAAGCGUCGAUCUGGACGCAAUGUCUGUUGCCACCCCGUUCAUGGCACUGGAAGACAAGCGCUACUUCAAACGUAGCAACCUUGAUCCAACUGAAAUCAUAGGAGUGGAUGUACGCAAAGGGAAGCACGAGAGGAACCAGGCUGAUUUGAUCGGCAAUAUCUGGCGUUUCCUUGUGUGCUGUGUCAUCAAAAUCAGGAUGGACCCGAUCAACCGCCUCCGGUUUACGAGAGGCCUUCAAGUCUUCUUGCCCCUUCUCUCUCCAUACGAAUCCUACCUUCUUGGGGAGCUGAUUGAAGAUCUCGAUUUCAGCCAGAAGGGUUCCUGGGACGUGCUUGCAAGAUGCUUUGCUAAUCGCAACGUCUCGCGCAUUUUGGUUCAAAUGUUCGCUUCCAAGUUUGACAUCUUCUGGCAUUUGUCCACCCAGAUCAAGUACAGCCGUACUUUUGACUUUUUGGGAAAGCUUCCACUGCUCGGUUUCUUUGCAUUCCCUGCAACUGAGAACUUUCCGUCCUCGAAGGCCUUUUCUUUCAACGCAAUCAUCCGUUCGAUCAAGCCUGGCGCCUGGUUAAUACGAUUUGCAACGUCCAAUCUUGAGGGAUCAAUCGCUGUUGACCCCAAGGCACCGGCCCAGAACUUGGCAGCCGAGGUCACUGGUUUUGAAUUGGCCAAUCGUAAUUCUAAGGGAACUUUCUUUGGACGAAGCGAAACCAACAAGCAUAGACUUGAGCAUCGCCUUCCAACUGAUGAGUCUAUUGUACGCUCUUUCAACACCAGUCCAGCGAGUACUAUUGUAAACAAUGGAGUCGAACACGUUCUAAGGUGUUUGGUGAAGCAUUGGGAAGGCAUGCUGGCCGAAGAAAAUGGCAACUUUGCUCAUCAGCGCAUGGAACUGCUCAACCCGUUCGAAACAUUGAGAAUCCACCUACCUGUAGUUCUGACAGUGCUAAUGAAUCUUCGUGGCAGAAAUGUGUUUGACAGUGCGGAAGUUGCACGUUACAUGCGAGCCAUGCAAGAAUUCCGAUCAGAUAACAUCAGUGUCAGACAAGACAUCGAGCAGGGUCGGCGUUCCAUUCAGCAAAUCCGCAUUGCUUGUUCUUAUGUCAAAAGCCAAAUUCUCGAUGGUCUUCUUUCUCCAAAGCAACCCGAGAAUGGAAAGGAGACCAUAUCUCCAAUCAUUGACAAUGUUUGCGCUGGCAUCGCAUCAAGAUCUCAACCACUGGCAAAAUGGAUUAGAUCGAUUCGAAAAUCCAUCCAACAACUGGAGCGAGAGGCAAACCAGCUAUUUCCACUUCUGGAAGAUGUCCAAGAUGGAAUUACUAUCGGUUACAAGCUUCUGGAAGGAGUCGACUGGAUUACUCCCAAAGACAGCGCUCUGAAGAGUGAAAUCAUUGGUCAUAUCAAGGACGAAGAAAAAUGGAACCGAUCUGUGGAGUUAGCCCUUGACAAGCUGGCAGCCAAGGAGAAACGAACUCUCAUGGAGUGCAUUCAGAAAGGCCAGCGUCGUCUUCCUGCUUUCGAAAACCUCCUUGACCGUGUUGUGUCCUUGAUAAAGCGUGAAAAGAGAAGGGAGAACAUUGACCGAAGACUACAGGAGUUGUCGAAGGGACCCGAAGUCAGCGACCUUCAAAAGCAUCACUGGUAUUGGGUGACGAUUAAGGGUGUAGACAGAGCGUUUUGUUUGGAAUCAAGCUCUAGAAGUCUUCUUAUUGUCCGCGAUGUUGAGACUGGAUGCUUAGAAGAAGUUGAUCAAAGUAGGAGAGGGGUUAGGAUACGCAAGUACCACCCCGUUGCUGCAGCGAUUGCAAGGGCCCAGAGAAUGUUCAUGACAAUUGAAAUGGAUCGUUUGAAGAUUUUCUCGUAUGAAGCAUUCAUGGAGUUCGGUUGCCCAUCUCAUGUGUCAGGCGAUAUUUCAUUGCGAACAAGCCUACUACAACUCUUGAUGGUAUCGCAGAUGCACUCUUAUCAUAUCAACGAUGCGAGGCGCAAUAUUUUGAGUGAAGUCAAAUUGUCAGGUGAACGGAAGAGAAGAACUGAGAAACCACAAAACGUAUUGAUCGUUGGAGGAGGUCCAAGUGGCAUGAUGUGUGCCAUUCACACUGUGCACAAUGUAUUGCUGAGUGGCGGGCAACUUUCGGUACAUCAAAGCCGCAAUGCCUUUCAGGAGGGAGCAUCUUCGUUUGAAAGAAGCCAAAUUGUUCGAUUGGAUGCCAGAAUUAUUUCCAUGUUGCGAUAUCACCUGGGGAGUAUCUUUGAAGACACUUUUCUCCCGUUGGAAGGAGAGACUAAUGCCUACUUGGGAAAUACACUACCAACACAAGGAUUCGUCGAAAUCAAUAUCAAGAGAUUGGAGGAUAUUUUGGAGAGGGAAUUGGUAUCCCUCGCAUCUCGCGACCUCUUGUUGUACUAUCACAACUCCGAGAUCAUUGUUGACCCCGAAACUCUGAAACUCAAGAAAAAGGGGAAGCACCUAAAAAUUGACGAAGUUGUCGUUGGAGCUGAUGGAAAGAAACUAUGCGUCUCAAAGUUCGAUUACAAAGAAAAGCUCGUCAAGCCUUCUGAAUUGAAAGCGGGCACGGCCUAUAGGAUCGGCAUCGACGGAGACAGCCAACUGUUACCGUAUCGUUUGAGUCACAAGGAUGCCUACGGAUGGUUUCAUUUCAACAACCUUAGUCUUCAGUGCAAGCCAUUUUCUGUGAGAGAGACAGAACUUCCUGCGAUCUAUGAAAGCUUCAAAGGCGAGGCAUCUCCCACGGAAGUGGAGCUCAUUGAAUUUGGAAGUGGAACAGCCGCCUUGGAUAGCCAAACGCAAUCAAGUGUGAAUUUCACAGAACUUCGCGAUCAGGAGUUCGAAAUCGAUGUUUCAGAUUGCCACGUCGUUUUGUCUUCAGGGAAACCAAGAGCUCCACGCCAAAACCAGAAGAACAAGGUGAAGAAAGACUACAAAAAGCAUCACUUUGAGUGCACUACCGCCGAACCGCACAUAGUUUGUUGCAUUGAAGGGGCAAAAGUUGCUCUUGGUAUGCACAAAGCAGGCAACAAAAGGUUUGGAUCUGGUUGGUGGGACGAUCUUCGAAGUUUCAGCGAGGAUAACACCCGACUAAUUGGUGAUUUCACAAAGAGUUUGCGGGUCGUCUCAAUCUUGGAACACUGCACGAAGAAGCUGAAUGAAAGCAUUGAAUGGAAAGGACAGUUAACAACAGCACUGGAACGUUCAUCCUCCAACAUGUCGUUCACGGCGCUAAGACAAGCCGUCGGUGGAGAGAAUGGGCUUUGUUCAAUGGGGUUUAAGCGACAGCGUUUACAAAUCCGAAUGUUCGAGCUCGGUGAAACCUAUUACAUUGGAAUGGAGCUUCCUCGCGAAUAUGAUACCUGGAAGACAACAAAGUUUAGGGACGCGAUUCAAGUCCAAAAGCUCUUGGACAGACUAUGGAUAGAGGCAGCAACAGAUGUACUCGCCCUCGGGGACGUAUUCAAUCCUGGGGGCAAAGUGGCAAUACCGCAAAUCCACACAAUCGAUUCUACAUCUCCACAGAAGCUAGGGGAGCUAGGCGCUUAUGAUGCAUUCUCACUGCCAAGUGGAAUUUACCACGUGGAUAGGCAUGAUCCCGACAAAGGAAUUUGCAUUAGACUGGCUGACGGAGGGGCUUCCUUCUGGGUGCCAAACAAGACUCGUGGUAUCGCCCCUGAUGCGGAUCCCACACACCCAGGUGUUUUCACAAAUUUGGCCGAGUCUACAGACUUCAAGAUCUUCGAUUCAUUUGAAAUUCUGUCAAUUGGAAGCAAGUCCUCUUUUGUACGAAACCAAGAAGGAUAUGUCGCCGAAAUAUCGCACAACGUUGAAGUCAUCCGGCUCAGCGAUCUUUCAAAAGGUCCUGACGGCAGGACGUCGAAGGUGGCCGUUGCAAGCUUCCCGGUUGCUCACGUAGCUUGCACCAAAACUAUGUUCCGUCGCGACGAGCCCGAGUAUAUGAGCGUCUAUAUUGGUGAUGCCCAGGGUUCUCCGCAUUUCAUGCGAUAUUCUGGUCUCACGGGAGCCUGUAUCAACGCUGUUUCGUUCAACAAUUUCAUUGGCGACUGUCUUGUCAAUUCCACCUCCGAGAAGAAGACAAUGAAUGCACGAGAUCGGUACCAGCAGUACUUUGCAGAAACAAGCUGGUCGACGGCGGAAGUUGUUCAUCGAGGGACAGGGGAAGGAUUUGGGGAAGAUGGUUUCUUGCGUCCUGGGUUCGAACACAAGUAUCUCAUAAAGUUCCUGCGCGGAAGGCUGGAAGAACAAGAUGCAAGUGGUCUAGUAGACGGCAUCUUGAGCGACUUUUGGAAAAAGAAGUUGGGCACUUCUCUUGUGCCUCGCGGACUCGAGACUGACAGUGCCUUUUUGAUGACCUUGCACUCAGAACUCAUGAGCGCGGUUGCAAAGGAAUUUGGCGUUCAAGUGGACGAGAAUGAGUGGUCAAGCUACAUUCUUUCAGGAUUUCUGAGCGCAGUACCAUCAAACUCGAUGAUCGCCAGACUUUUAAUCCUCUUGGGAUCCAUCAUUUCGCAUGCUCAAAAUCUUGCUUUUGAAAAGAGUCGAGUAUCUUCGGAGCUAUUCAAGCAGUCGAAACCAGUAGAUUCCAUUGCAGAUGACUUUGCUGUAGAAGCGCAGAACUUUGCAACUGGUUUGACGAUGUCCACUGCUUUAGCGACUUUUGCCCUCGCUUUGCGACUAUUGAGUGAACCAUAUGCCAAAAUUGCUUCAACGAUACUCGGGCUCCUCAGCAUCCGCAUAUCAUUCGGGACAAUUACGAAUGUGUCUCGUUACCGCAAUCGGAAUGAAGAAGCAAGGACUCUGUUCUUCGAUAAGCAGCUACCACAGCUAGAGAAAGACAUUAUGGGGCAGCUCCCGUCCGCUGAUAGAAGAAAACACCAACAUGAAGGCGUCGAUUCGAAUCCCUACUGGAAGGAGUUGAAGAAGCUCCACCGCGAUUUUCUAGAUCAGGCGGUGUACUAUGACGAACCCAAGUUCAGAAUUGACGAAUUUGAGAAAGCUUUCAGAGCCGUCCAAGCUGACGUUCCUGUCACAUUGGAAACCUUCAGGAUGCGGCUCGUUAAAGAGUUUAUCUCUAUUAGCUUCCAGAAGAAUUCGUACCUCCAAGAGACAUUGGUGCGCAUGUACCGAGUUGUAAAGCAGAACAUUCUCUUUCAAGAAGCAGAGGGUGGCAAGCCUGUUGUACGGGAUAUCGAGAAAAAGCUCCCGAAUUUGCGAAAGACCAUCGAGGCCAGUCUACAAAGAGGUCCAAUUCGUUAUGGUUUCGUUCGAAAAGACUUGAAAUGGUAUCAGAAUCCGCUUGUUGUUGGCAUUCAGCGAUGCCUAUUCAUUCCAUCAAGAGCUGCAUGGACAACUGGAAAGCUCUGGAAGUUGCUGAAAGAGCGAUCAGAGGGCGAAGUGCCAGCACUUCGAAGGGGUCAUUCGGCUAUUCGACAGCUUCACUUCGCCACUGUCGAAAGCCAAAAUGCGUGCCGAAUCAUUCUGAGUGCCAGCAUUGUCUUUUUGUCUGGAUUCUUGUUUUCCGUCUUCAGAUUCAUCUCUUUCUUUCGACCGGAGAAUCCUGCAACGGGGGAGCCAGAAGAGAAAUGGGUCCGUUUGCUUGUUGAUGUCACUGCUUGGGCCGUUGUUGGCACGAUUUUGGGAGCGAUGAUUGCAGUUUCCCACUUCUUGCGCAAGUUAGGCCACCUCUUGUUCCUAUUUUGGCAAGUGUUCCACCAUUCGGGAAACAGAGAUGCAAAGUCCAAGACUGAUGCGGGCGUGAUCCUAUCUGCCACGUUGUGGCAAAUUCUCUUGACGAUUCUUCGACUCUUGGCAAACAUCCUUGCUUGUGUGGCCUUACCAUGGUCUGCAUACCAGUCGAGUACUGGUACGAAGCCAUUCUCGGACCUUCCUCGGGAUUUGCCGUUGUGGUUUGCAGCGGGUUCUUUGGGAAUCACUGUCCUCGCAGCAAUCUUGUUCUUGUUUGUUGAAUUGUUCAUUCGAUACAAUUUGGACCCAAUGCUUGGUAGAGCCAUAUUCAACUUGUUUGAAAAGGAGAUUCAAGACAUUUACGAGAGUGAACUGGAAGGUUUGCUUCAGGCUCACUUGGUAGUCACAACUGCGAAAAAUGCCAGCCGUACCGCCACCGAAAUGCAACAGUUGAUCUCUGCUGCAAAUGAUACAAUUCAAAUUGAUGAUCCUACGAUCGAAGAGCAGGCAUGGGAGCUGACAGCUCGUCGCUUUCUUUCGUCGGAAAACUAUAGGUUCGACACUGUGUUUGCUGCGGACCGUUUUGGUUCCAUUUUUCACUAUCUGCACCUUUAUGGGCACAAACAUUAG